CCUGGGUCAGUUCGCCCUGGAUCCUCGGAGUCUGGCGGGGAGGGCCGCAAGGAGGACCCGCGUGCGCCUUUGUGCGACCUGGGCGAGGGUCACGUGAGCCCACUAGCCUACCGCUCUCCAGCGCCCUAGCGUGGCGCCGCACUCGCCGCGCUCCGAUGGCGGCGUGGGUGACCGCGCGGCAGGUGUCGGUGACCUUCAAGGAUGUGGCCGUGACCUUUACCCAGGAGGAGUGGGGACAGCUUGACCUGGACCAGAGGACCCUGUACUGGGAGGUGAUGCUGGAGACCUGUGGGCUCCUGGUUUCACUGGGGCAUCCAGUUCCCCAGCCGGAGCUGACCCACCUGCUGGAGCAUAGGCAGGAGCUGUGGCCAGUCACGAGAGGCCGCUCACGUCGCACGUGCACAGGUGACAGGGCAAAAUGUCAGACCGAAGAGCCAAGCACGUCUCAAUCAGUUUUGUCCGAGGGAGCCUCGCUCCAAGGAAGCCUGACUCUGGGGUCUUCAAGGGACUCUAGCCGGGGGCAAGCCAGGGAUCUGGAAGGGCUUUUGGACAUGCAGAGAGGUCAACUGAGGCCAGAGACAGACGCCCACAAGGAGACCCAUCCUGGGAAAAGGAGCCUUGACAAUGAUGGGUUGGGCCCAGAUGACAGUGUGGCACAGGAAAGCAUCUCUCAGAGAGAUGUCCUCCAUGACCGUGACCCCCAGGGACCAGGACAAGGCCCCCUGGUUCAUAACCUCUACAAAUGCAAGCAGUGUGGCAAGGGCUUUAGCAGGAAGUGGUACCUUGUUCGCCAUCAGCGGAUUCACACUGGCAUGAAGCCCUACGAAUGCAACGCGUGUGGGAAAGCCUUCAGCCAGAGCUCAACGCUCAUCCGCCACUACCUCAUCCACACGGGGGAGAAACCGUACAAGUGCGCAGAGUGCGGGAAGGCCUUCAAACGCAGGUCCUACCUCCUGCAGCACCAGCCGAUCCACACCGGGGAGAAGCCCUAUGUGUGCAGCCAGUGUGGAAGGGCCUUCAGCCACCGCUCUACUUUCAUUCGCCACAGUAGGACCCACACUGGAGAAAAACCCUUCGAAUGCAAAGAGUGUGCGAAGUCCUUCAGCCACAGGGCACACCUCAUCCAGCACUACAUCAUCCACACAGGCGAGAAGCCCUACGACUGCACCGAGUGCGGGAAAGCCUUCAGGUGCGGCUCCGAGCUGCUGCAGCACCAGCGGCUCCACACCGGGGAGAAGCCUUUCGAGUGCGGCCAGUGUGGGAAGGCCUUUCACCGGAGCACGUACCUGCUGCAGCACUCGGUCAUCCACACCGCGGAGACGCCCUUCGGGUGCGCCAAGUGUGGGAAGGCCUUCAAACGCAGGUCCCACCUCCUGCAGCACCAGCGGGUUCACACUUGAGCAGAGGGCCUUCCCCUGCCGCUCCGCCUUCACCAUUGGUGAGGGCAUCUAGGCUGGAGGGAGAACCCUCUGAGUGCAAAGAAUGCUGGAAAGGGUUUGGGGGCAGCUCUUGAAACGCAGAAGUAGUCCCCUUGGAGAGGCGCCUCGGGGAUGCCAUGAAAAGCAGAGAAUUUAUGCUGCAGAGGAACCAUGUCACCGGUGGGUGCAGCUCCAUCAGCAGCAGCGACCAUUCCCGGGAAGGACGUUGUGAGGAUUCCCAGAAGGACACCCUCAGCAGAAAGAAGAGAAUCUUCCUUUGUCCUGAGAGUAUGUAGUGAAGAGGCGCCUAUGAGUGCCCUGAGAAAGCCUCCUGUGACAGGUCACCCCUUGUCACACAGAGUCCAGCUGGACCUUGAAAGAGCCUGGGCUUUCCCUGUGUGGAAGCGCAGACGAGACAGACCCAGGGUCGCUGUGCGCUUUUAUCAACCUUCCGCCACAGGGCUGCCCCUUGGUUUGCACUUGAGCCAUCUGAGCAUUAAUGUUAAAAACAAAAAUAAACGGGAGGUGGAGGCAACGGAGACGAAGGCUCUAGACGGCAAAGGCGAAUGCUUCUGCGGGCUCUCGCCAACUCGUGGGCCACGCCUCUUGCAGUUUGGCGUCGCAUUUAUGUCCUGGUCAGGCAAUGUUGGAAAGAGGAAGGGACCCCAGCCCGGAAUUUUUUAAUAUGUAUUUUCUGCCAUCCUGUGUUAGGAAAGUUGGACGGUGAGGGCAACUCUACCGGUUUUUGUUGGAAACCUUUGUUCCAAACAUCUCUGGCCAUUCA